UGGAGAAGCAGCUCUACGCACGUGCUUCGCGAUGCGCUUCAUUCCCAUGCACGUUCGCGUGUAUCAUUACGCGGAUUAUUAUUUAGCGUACGUAGGCGCGCAAAAAUUGUUCCUCGUGGGACGAGCCAGACCCGCGCUAACCGGAGGAACAAUACUCGGCCGAGGCUGGUUCUAAUUACGGCUUCUGUUACUGAGGUUUCCUCAUUCUCAUUGCAGAUGGGCUCGUUUGCGAUCGGGACGGCAACAGCCACGGCCGCGAGCCUGAUAUUCACGGCACUUUUGGCGAGCAGCGACGCCGCGUUGGCCAGGACGGCGUUCGAGAAGCUUACCGACUACGAUUACCGCGGCACUACCUAUUACAGCGUGAGGAAUCUGUCGUUGUACGAGUGCCAAGGAUGGUGCAGGGAGGAGGCGGAAUGCCAGGCUGCCGCGUUCUCGUUCGUCGUGAAUCCCUUGGCGCCAAUGCAGGACACCCUCUGCCAGCUGCAGAACGAAACGGCAGCGACGAAUCCGGCCGCGCAGCCUCAAAGGGCCGCCAAUAUGUACUACAUGACGAAACUGCAGAUAAGAUCCGGUGAGAAUCGGCACAUUCGCACGUGCACCCGACACCUAUACAUAUUUUUUCUUUUC